AUGGCCUCCUGGUGGCCAUGCUGUUUGGCGUUGGUCAAAGUCGAGUCGCCCGAAAUCGUCGCGGCGACCGUCCACAAAGCGCUGCCGUGGUACACGUAUCUGUACACGAUCCCAUUCCUAUCGCUCUAUCCGCUCCUUGCGUACGCCUACUACGUCAAGUACGACAACUGGCUGCAAAGCGAAGAAUGGACUUUCUUGGCGUGUGUUACUCUCGGUGCCGGGCAUGCCCUUAGCUUUUUGGUGACGCGGUGGAGCACGGCGGCAAAGGCUUGGGUCACUACUCGCAAGGCUGUCUCAUUAGAAGACGCAGACUGUAUUCGACUGAUUCCUGCCCCUCACCGUGGCGUUGGCGAUAUUGUACCUCUGCACAAGAAGGUACCCUCGGAUUUGAAAACGUACACCUUCAGCUACCAGCGGGACACCUACGUCCUCCAGUCCGCCGACCCUGUGGUAUUCGUCACGCUACCAUAUCCAUCCGCGAGUAACCCCCCGCUUGCGACGUAUCACGCGCCAACGGGACUCCGCUCUGCCAACGUGCAGGAGUUGCGUGAGCUGUACGGCAAGAACGAGUUCAACAUCCCCAUCCCGUCUUUCUCUGCGCUCUUUGCUGAGCAUGCGACGGCGCCGUUCUUCGUCUUCCAGAUCUUUUGUGUCGCACUCUGGUGCUUAGACGAAUACUGGUACUACAGUCUGUUCACUCUGUUCAUGCUUGUGGUCUUUGAGUGCACCGUUGUUUGGCAGCGUCUGCGCACUCUGACAGAGUUCAGGACUAUGGCAGUCGCUCCAUUCCCGAUUAACUGCAAGAGGGACGGCAAGUGGGAAACGAUCCAAACUGACGAGUUGCUACCAGGGGACAUCGUCUCGGUUGUCCACCAGCAGUCAGAGACCACUGUUUCAGCAGAUAUCGUUCUGGUAAACGGCGGGUGCAUUGUCAACGAAGCUAUGCUCUCAGGCGAGUCUACGCCCCUCCUCAAAGAGUCCAUCGAGCUUCUGGAUGGCCAAGAGCGGCUCGACGUCGACGCCACGCACAAGAACGCGAUCCUAUUCAGCGGCACAAAAGUUCUCCAGGCCCGUAGCGGCGGCGACACACCCGACGGUGGCUGCCUCGGCGUCGUGCUCCGCACCGGUUUCGGCACGGCGCAGGGCCAGCUCGUGCGCACGAUGAUUUUCUCGACGGAGCGCGUGUCGGCGAACAACCUCGAGUCGUUCCUCUUCAUCGGCUUCCUGCUCAUCUUCGCCAUCGCCGCGAGCUGGUACGUCUGGGUCAAGGGCAUCGAGCGCGGGCUCAAGAAGUCGAAGCUCCUCCUCGACUGCGUGCUCAUCAUCACGUCCGUCGUCCCGCCCGAGUUGCCGAUGGAGCUCUCGCUCGCGGUCAACGCGUCGCUCGUCGCGCUGUCCAAGUAUGCGAUCUUCUGCACCGAGCCGUUCCGGAUUCCGUUUGCGGGCCGUGUAGAUGUCUGCUGCUUCGACAAGACUGGAACCAUCACCGCCGAGAGUCUGGUCCUCGAGGGCGUUGCCGGUGUUGACACGUCCGAUAAGCUCAGGCUCGUCAGCGUCAAGGAAGCUUCGCGCGAGACGACUCUGUGCCUCGCCGCGGCGCACGCGCUCGUGCGGCUGGACGACGGCACGAUUGUGGGCGACCCGAUGGAGAAGACGACGCUGGACGCGCUAAGCUGGCGGCUCGGCAAGAACGACCAGAUCUCGCCGGGCGACGGGGCGACGCUGCACCGCACGACGCUGCACGUUCGGCGCCGGUACCAGUUCUCGUCCGCGCUGAAACGCAUGUCGACGGUGUGCAGCCUGCCGAGCGGGAAGCUCGUCGUCGCCGUCAAGGGCGCGCCCGAGACGAUCCGGGGCAUGCUCGCGGUCGUCCCAGAGUUCUACGAUGAGACGUACAAGUACUAUACGCGGCGUGGCAGUCGAGUGCUCGCGCUUGGGUUCCGUGAGACGGAGACUAUGUCUACGGAGAAGAUCAAUAAGCUGUCAAGAGACCAGGUCGAGACUGGGCUGACCUUCGUCGGCUUCCUCGUCUUCCACUGCCCGCUUAAGCCUGAUGCUGUUGAGACCCUCAAAAUGUUGGCAGACUCUUCGCACCGUUGCAUCAUGAUUACCGGAGACAAUCCCUUAACGGCCGCACAUGUUGCCAAGGAUGUCGAGAUUGUCGAUCGUGAUGUGCUUAUCCUUGACCUUCGAGAGAACGCCAAGAAUGAGACGGACCUUGUAUGGCGCACAGUGGACGAGUCUAAGCUGAUUCCCGUCAAUCCUGAAGAACCCAUCGAUGAAUCGCUACUUCAAGAGUACGAUAUCUGCAUGACAGGCGCUGCUGUCAGACAAUUCGAAAAUAAACCCUCAUGGCAAGCACUAGUCCAACACACCUGGGUGUAUGCGCGUGUAUCACCGGCACAAAAGGAGUACAUUCUGACAUCGCUCAAAUCGCUCGGCUACGUCACGCUCAUGGCGGGUGACGGCACGAACGACGUCGGCGCGCUCAAGCAGGCGCACAUCGGCGUCGCGCUGCUCGACGGCACGCCCGAGGACCUCACGAAGAUUGCGGAACACCAGAAGAUGGAGCGUCUGAAGAAGGUGUACGAGAGCCAACUGAAGAUUUCGGCACGCUUCAACCAGCCGCCGCCGCCCGUCCCGCCGGCGAUUGCACACAUGUACCCGAACGUCGUCGAGGCACAGCAGCGCGCGGCGAAGGACCUGCAGGAGUCGCGGAAGAAGAACCCGAUGGAAAAGUUCGACCUGUCGAUGAUCACGGACAAACUGGCUGAGGUGGAGGACGACGAGGAGGUGCCGAAGAUCAAACUUGGCGACGCGUCAUGCGCGGCGCCGUUCACGUCGAAGCUCUCGAACGUCUCUGCAAUCACACAUAUCAUCCGCCAAGGCCGGUGCACGCUUGUCGCCACCAUCCAGAUGUACAAGAUUCUGGCGUUGAACUGUCUCAUCACUGCGUACAGCUUGAGUGUGCAGUAUCUUGAUGGGAUCAAGUUUGGCGAUUAUCAGGUCACCAUCACUGGUAUGCUCAUGUCUGUUUGCUUCCUCUGCAUCUCUCGCGCCAAGGUCCCGCCACUGGGUAACAUUUUCAACCUCUACGUACUACUGUCGGUCCUCCUGCAAUUCGCGCUGCACAUUGUGUCGCUUGUGUACAUCACGCAGCUAUCUCGGCAGUUCGAAGAGCGCGGCGAGAUUGACUUGGAGGCCAAAUUCGAGCCGAAUCUGCUCAACACGGCGAUCUACCUCCUGAGCCUGUCACAGCAGGUCUCGACGUUCACGAUCAACUUCCAGGGACGGCCUUUCCGCGAGGGCAUCCGCGAGAACAAAGCACUCUGGUGGGGCCUCGUCGGCGCGAGUGCUGUUGCGUUCUCGGGCGCGACCGACUUCAUGCCCGAGCUAAACAGGUGGCUGCAGAUUGUAGAGAUGGAGAAUAUCUUCAAGUUCAAGCUGACGACAGCAAUGGUUGUCGACUUCGCCGGCUGCUGGCUCAUUGAGAUCACGUGCAAAUGGCUAUUCGCGGACAUGCAGCCCAAGGCGAUGAUCACGCGCGGCCGGGAGCGCAGAGAGCACCGCCGGAUAGCGGAAGCUGUCGAGAAGAAAGAGAGCUAG